CAAUCGGUAGUCCGUGUAGCAGGGGAGUCACAACGACGUGCAGUGCGUGUAGGAUGACGUCAACACGGCACCUGUGCCAGUACGCCUGCGCAGAUUAACCAGGAAGUGCAACGAUUGGUUCAAUACGAGUUAUGUUUUGGAGAAAAGGAGAAUAACAACAGGUUUGACUGCGUCCAGUUCCAGUCCUAGCCAUGGCGUGCUGCCGAUCCUGCCCCAGGCUGUGCUCCCGCUCUUCGGGCUACACUCUGGCCCUCGGCCUGGGCUUCGUAACCUUGGGGACCAGUCGCAUCCUUCUGCUCAAAUACUCUGCCAAUGCUGAGAACAAGUAUGACUUCCUCCCUGCAUCUGUCAAUCUGCUCGCUGAGGCACUCAAACUGCUCUUCUGUCUGGCUAUGUCAGUCAGGGUCAUAGUCCGAGAGGGACGAUCAUGCAGAGAGCUGGGCUGUUCCUCCAGCUCGUCCUUCCUCAGGUCCCUGAAGUGGGCUGUACCUGCUUUCCUCUACUUUCUGGACAACUUCAUAAUCUUCUAUGUGAUGACUUACCUGCAGCCUGCCAUGGCGGUGUUGUUCUCCAACUUUGUCAUCCUGACCACAGCUGUACUCUUCAGGAUUGUUCUGAAGAGGCGCCUGUCCUGGGUUCAGUGGGCAGCGUUAGUUAUCCUCUUCCUGUCCAUUGUUUCCUUGACGACAGGAUCAGGGGGCAGCCAAAACUCCAUUGCUGUGCCAGGUCUUCACUCAAACCCCCUCUCCACCCCCUCAAACUCCUGCCUACUCUACACACAGCUGCUGGAGCAGAUGAGGAACAGCAGUGCCAGUGAAUCGUGGGUGUCGUCCCUGCCCGGGCAGGCCUGGAGGGACAGGAUAGUUGGGAAGCUUCGAUCUCUGGGUGUGGGUCACAUCUUGCUCAUCCUUCAGUGCUUCAUCUCAGCCAUGGCCAACAUCUACAACGAGAAGAUCCUCAAAGAAGGCGACCAGCUCACUGAGAGCAUCUUCAUCCAGAACAGUAAAUUGUAUGCCUUUGGUGUGGUGUUUAAUGGUCUGACCCUGGGGCUCGGCAGUGAGGCACGAGGCCUCACCCUCCACUGUGGCCUCCUCCAUGGACAUAACAUCUACUCCCUGGGUCUGGUGCUUGUUACAGCUGCCCUGGGUUUAUCUGUGGCCUUCAUCUUGAAAUUCAGAGACAACAUGUUCCAUGUGCUGACAGGCCAGAUCACCACUGUUCUAGUUACUGCCCUCUCCCUCUUCCUCUUCGACUUCCGCCCUUCGCUGGACUUCUUCCUCCAGGCUCCCAUGGUCCUGCUGGCCAUCUUUAUCUACAACGCCAGCCGGCCCAAGGACCUGGAAUACAGCCUGCAGCAGGAAAAACUGCGGGUCAUCAACGGAGAGGUGUUCGAGAGGUCCAGAGGGGUAGGGAGCAAACCACAAAAACCACAAACCUUCACUAGUCACGCACACAAGCCCACACACUCCUCCACCCAGCGUCACUCGCCUUACCUCCAGGACGGCGAGGAGCUGGAGCUCCUGACAAAGCCCAACACAGACAGUGAAUCUGAGGAGGAGUCUUUGUAGUACUGAGUUAUGGCUCUUCUACAAGACAGAACAUUUUCUUCUUCACUGCAGCUGAUAUUAAGCUGCACUAUAGACUUGUUCUCUUUGACGCAGCAUGGUCUCAGAUUCUACCUGUCAAAGCAUUUACUUGAAUGACUGUCAGCGUUUAAACAGUGACAGACAGUGUUGAUGGACUGAUGAACUGUGUCGGACACUUGUGAUAACUAAGGCUAUUGUUUAUAUUUUGAAAUGUGCCUGUCUGUGUAUGAGUGCUGUCAUCAGUGUAGUGGAAGAUAAAUCAAUAUAUGUGCUGGGAAAUAAUUGUCACUGUUUUUGGGAUCAUUAAGGUUUUCUGAUAUGGAUAGUUUCUUUCCUCUGAUUCCUGUUGUAUGUGCAGCUGUUUGACUGCUUGCAGGUGAUUGAUUGUUUUAAUGACCAGCAGCCAAAUUUCAAUUCAAUUGUAUUUAUAUAGCACCAUUUCAUAACAGAAGUUAUCUCACUGCACUGCAUUGCACAUUUCAGACAGUUUUAUGAUUGUAUAUGGAUUUGUUCUGUUUUGAAUUGUUGUUGGCAUUGUGUAAAAGAAGUGUUUAUUCAAUCUAUGGUCAAUAUUUAAACACUGUGGAAAACUUAAGCAACAGUCCAGUACACAUCCACAACCUAUUCAAACAUUUCCAUGUAAUUGUAAAUUAUACGUUACCAGAAAUGUACACACACAACAGGACUGUGUUUCCAUUACAGUGCACAGGGCUUUCUAUUUUUCUGCUCACUCAGUGUAUUUUAUUAAACAUGAACCAGAAUCAGAGCAUUGACAUAAUAGACCAGUUAGUAUGCCUGAAUUUCUGAAAGCACAACAAACUGGCUCUUGGUUCUUGGCCUUGAACAUUUUUUUUUUGUAACAUGACUAGUAUUGAUGUAUUGCAGCUGUGAAAUACUAUGAAAUGUAUUUCUUUUAAGAUUCUUGUUUGUGCCAUUAAAUUUUAACAUGUA